AUGGCUUUGAGAGGCGUCUGGCAGUUACAAAAGCUGAUUGUGAGUUACCGUGAUUGGGGAGGCAGUAGCAGGGGUAUCAGGGCAUUUAUGGAAUCUCAAUUGCCAGCAUUUAAAGAAAAAAAUCCUCAGCUCGAGGUGAUCGCCGAGCUCAAUUAUACAAGGUAUAAAAGAGAAACACGUUGGUCUGCUGUUUCAGCAAAUCUUUUAUUCCAGUCCCCUUUUUCCCCCGGGAACAAGAACGAGCGAGUUGUAUGCGUUAAGAAUAUGACUCCCGAGGAUGUACACCAGUGUGCAACCAGGCUAAGGAAUGCACUAGGACGAAAGGUGGUGAAGCUGAAGACAAAGCACGUCACAAAACAUCCUAGUGUUCAAGGUACUUGGACGACGGACCUGCAGAUGUGA